UCUGCUACCUCGAAAUGGCUGCAGCAGGAACGGAGGCUGGGCAACGCGGCGCCUUGUUUACCCUGGCCCGGCCGGCUCAUUGCAGCGGCGGCACCCGACGGGCAGGAGGCCGGGCUCGGCGGGUGUCUGCAGGGGGCUGGGCCGAUGACACUGAGAAGGGGGCUGGCUCCCGCUUGCGCCCUCCCCCGGCUCCGGACGGGAGCAGCAGUCACAGACGCGCGCUCCGGCCCAGGCCAGCCGCGGCAGCAGCGCCCUGACUGAGGCCGCCCGCUGCAGAGGCCGAGCCCAGGGCGGACACGUGCGCCAGCCCCGCAGCUCCGGCCGGGGACCCGCUCCAUGUUGUUGACUCCCCGCGGCCGCUGCCUCCUGCCGCUCGCUCUCCCUUGCCAGCGGCAGUGUCAAGCUCCGGUGCAAAGUGCCUGAUUGAAGUUCCUUGUGUAUCUACAGAACAUAUAGCGUGCAAGCACAGCAGCCUCCCAAAGUUCUGUUCCUGCUGGCCCACAAGUGGACACUGAAGCAGCCAGUGAAGAGAAUCAAGCACUCAGUUCUACAAGAGACUUUGUACCGCUCUGUGCCUUUCAAUAUGGAAGCUGUAGAAAUGACAUCCUUGAAACGACCUCAUUCUGAGGAUGAUGUGGCUAAUGUGGAUGAAAUUAAAAGGCAAAAGAUCUCAGAAGAGUCUUCUAAGACAGGAAGCAAUUCUGAGCAAAGCGUUGACGUAACAGAACAACCUGGGAAACCUUUGCUUGAGGACAAGAAAGAUGAUAUAAUCCUGAAUGAAGAAGGUGAGGAGGAAGAUAAUGAACUAGAGGAAAGUGAUGAAGAAGGGGACCCAGAGAGCUUUGCAGACAUGAUGAAGCAUGGACUAAUAGAACUUGAUGUUGGCAUUACAAAGUUUGUUAGUUCUCACAAAGGGUUUUCUGGAAUCUUAAAAGAGAGAUACUCAGACUUUGUCGUUCAUGAAAUAGGAAAAGAUGGGCACAUAAGCCAUUUAGAUGACUUUUCUGUUCCAGUGGAUGAUGAGGAUCCUUCAGAAGAAAUAUUUACAGUUUUGUCAAAUGAAGACAAGCAGCAUUUAGAAGAGCUCCAACUUUUUAAGAACAAAGAAACCAGUGUUGCCAUAGAGGUUAUUGAAGACACUAAAGAAAAAAGAACUAUUAUUCACCACGCUGUGAAAUCCUUGUUUCCUGGAUUAGAGACGAAAACAGAGGACCGAGAUGGGAAAAAAUACAUCGUUGCUUACCAUGCUGCUGGAAAGAAAGCGCUGGCAAAUCCAAGAAAACAUUCAUGGCCAAAAUCUAGGGGAAGCUACUGCCACUUUGUGUUAUACAAGGAAAAUAAGGAUACAAUGGAUGCUAUUAAUGUACUAUCAAAAUUUUUAAGAGUUAAGCCAAAUAUAUUUUCCUACAUGGGGACCAAAGAUAAAAGAGCUAUUACAGUUCAAGAGAUUGCUGUUCUUAGAAUCACUGCACAAAGACUUGCUCAUUUGAACAAAUGUUUGAUGAACUUUAAGUUGGGAAAUUUUAGUUACAAGAACCAUCCGCUGAAAUUGGGAGAACUGCAAGGGAACCAUUUCACAGUUGUUCUCAGAAAUAUAACAGGAACUGAUGAUCAAGUACAGCAAGCAAUGCACUCUCUCAGGGAAAUUGGAUUUAUUAAUUAUUAUGGAAUGCAGAGAUUUGGAACCACAGCUGUUCCUACAUAUCAAGUUGGAAGAGCUAUUCUACAAAAUAACUGGAAUGAAGUAAUGGAUUUAAUAUUAAAACCACGUCCUGGAGCUGAGAAAGGAUAUUUAGUUAAAUGCAGAGAAGAGUGGGCAAAGACUAAAGAUCCAGCUGCAGCCCUCAAAAAACUGCCUGUAAAAAGGUGUGUAGAAGGACAACUUCUACGUGGACUUUCGAAGUAUGGACUGAAGAAUAUAGUCUCUGCAUUUGGCAUAAUACCAAGGAAUAAUCGUUUGAUGUAUAUUCAUAGCUAUCAGAGUUAUAUAUGGAAUAACAUGGUGAGCAAGAGAAUAGAAGAAUAUGGACUUAAAGCUGUAUCGGGAGACCUUGUACUUAAAGGAGGGACAGCUGUUCAUAUUGAAGAAGCAGAUGUUGACGAUUAUACUAUCCAUGAUAUAGUGAUGCCAUUACCUGGGUUUGAUGUUAUAUAUCCGAAGCAUAAAAUCGGUGAUGCCUACAAGGAAAUGUUAUCUGCUGACAACCUUGAUAUCAGCAACAUGAGACAUAAAAUUCGAGAUUAUUCAUUAUCUGGAGCAUACAGAAAGAUCAUAAUUCGACCCCAGAAUGUCAGAUGGGAAGUGGUUGCAUAUGAUGAUCCUAGAAUUCCAUUAUUUAAUACGGAUUUGGAUAAGCUGGAAGGAAAACCACCACCUAUUCUUGCUACAGAAGGUAAAUUCAAGGCCUUGAAGAUGGAAUUCUCUCUUCCUCCAUCCACUUACGCUACCAUGGCAAUUAGAGAAGUGCUAAAAAUGGACACAAGCAUAAAAAAACAGACACAGCUGAAUACUAUAUGGCUACGCUGAACAAAUGCUCUAAAGUCAUGUAAAGAUUUUAAGAUGUAAAAGUGGUUUCAUAUUUCCUUGUUCUGUGCAAACCCUAGUUUUGAUUUUGAAGAUUUGUAGUAAAAGAUUUGUAUUUUUUUAAGUUGUUUUUAUUAGCUUCAAUGAUUAUAUGCAAAAUGGUGUUAGUAAAAAUAAUAAAAAUAUUAGAUUGGGUUUUUUUAAAUGACCUUAGUUAAAUAAGGUGCUUGAGCUGUAGCAAAACCACAUCUUCAGAAGAAAUGGGCUUAGGACAGCAAUUCCAGAUCUUCAGUAAUUGCCUUUCCAGAAGUACAGUGAGUAUUCAACAUGCUUUCAUGAAUUCAGCACAGAAUAAAAAUUAUUGCAAGCAUGCUAACAUUACAGAUGAGGAGUGCUAAUUAGAGUAAGUUAGGCGAUGAAUAUAUUAAAGGAGUACAUUUAUGUCACCUUGGAAGGCCAAUAGCUUUUGCACUGAUGUGGUAGAGGAUUCUAUUGGCAGAAUUUUUCAUGCCUUUUAUGUGAUAUAAACAUGUACAUCUGUUUUUAUUAGUUGAACUGUAAAUUUUAUUAUGAAAAUGUUUAUGUGCAUUUUUCCCAUCUCUACUACUACCUGUAUCAAAGAACAGGUAAUGAAAACAAGUUAACCAAAAAGCCCAGAUGAGAGCUUGUAUCAGCAACUAACUCCUUUGCACCAGCAUAUUUAGUGUGUCCAUUGCUGGCAAUGGAUGAGCAAGGCAAAUCUGUAUCAUGGCAUGAAAGGAUUCAAAAGCCAUUCUAAAACAAUUGAGAGCAGUUAGGUUGCAUUUUGACUUUAUAAUUUCUAAAACCAAACAAAUAAGAAACCUGUUUGUGCUGCUUGUGUUAAUAAAUUAUGUUAAAUAUGA